GAAGCAAAAUAAGAUGCUGGAGUAUUCUAGUAUGCUAUUAAAAAUAAGCGAAAUUUAACUGAAACAUUUGGAGACAUGGAAAAAAAUGUACAAAUGCUUCCUUCCUUAUUUUGAAGUUUGGAGUUUCACAAGUACAACUUAUGAUCUGUCAAAUGACAUAGCUAGAUGACGCGCGUUUUAUCGGUCACUCUGACAGGUACUAAAACCACACGCGCUCUGCAUCGUGCACACCUCUGCUCUGACAGACAUCACAGCAAGAAGAGAUGAGCCUCAAGAAUCUCCAACACCGCUUUAUACCUUUCUUUAACGGAGCACGCCAGGUCACGAGGCCUCCCCCUUUACUAUCCUACCUCGUGACGUCACGCCCAGCAUUCAACGCGGCAGCUGUCAACUGAGGAAGAUGGCCGAGGGCGGAGUGGUUGAUCUGGAAACCCAGAGAUCUGAAGUGUCAGCGCUGCUGAAAACCCCACUACGACGGGGAGACACCUGGUACUUAAUUGAUAGCCGCUGGUUCAAGCAGUGGAAAAAAUAUGUUGGUUUUGACAGCUGGGACAAAUACCAGAUGGGAGAUCAGAAUGUAUAUCCAGGUCCCAUUGAUAAUGCUGGGCUUCUCAAAGAUAGUGACACACAGUCUCUCAAAGAACAUCUUAUUGAUGAGCUUGAUUACAUUUUGUUGCCAACCGAAGGCUGGAAUAAGCUUGUUAGUUGGUACACCAUGAUGGAAAAUCAGGAACCAAUAGCCCGCAAGGUUGUUGAACAGGGUAUGUUUGUAAAGCACUGUAAAGUAGAAGUUUAUCUAACCGAAUUAAAGCUGUGCGACAAUGGAAACAUGAACAAUAUUGUGACAAGAAGAUUUAGCAAAGCGGACACAAUAGAUAUGAUUGAAAAGGAAAUGAGGACACUCUUCAAUAUCCCAGAUGACAAAGAAACAAGACUGUGGAACAAAUAUAUGAGUAAUACGUUUGAGCCUCUAAAUAAACCUGAAAGCACUAUACAGGAUGCUGGCUUGUAUCAAGGACAGAUGCUUGUAAUAGAACAGAGAACUCAAGAAGGCCAGUGGCCAAGAGGCCCAAUGCCUAAUGUGAAAAAUUCAAACUAUUGCCUACCUUCAUAUGCUGCCUACAAGAACUAUGAGUACUCUGAGCCUGGAAGACACAACGAACAGCCAGGACUCUGUGGCCUAAGUAAUUUAGGGAACACUUGUUUUAUGAACUCUGCAAUCCAGUGUUUAAGUAAUACAUCACCAUUAACUGAAUACUUCCUUAAUGACAAGUACCAAGAUGAACUGAAUCUGGAUAACCCUUUGGGAAUGAGAGGAGAAAUUGCCAAAUCCUAUGCUGAUCUCAUCAAGCAAAUGUGGUCAGGGAAAUACAGUUAUGUAACUCCAAGGGCAUUCAAGACUCAGGUUGGACGUUUUGCACCUCAAUUUUCUGGUUAUCAGCAACAAGAUUGCCAAGAGUUGCUUGCCUUUUUAUUAGAUGGCUUACAUGAAGAUUUAAAUCGAAUCAGAAAGAAGCCUUAUAUCCAAUUAAAAGAUGCUGAUGGUAGGCCGGACAAGGUAGUUGCGGAAGAAGCCUGGGAGAAUCAUAUAAAAAGAAAUGAUUCGGUCAUUGUUGAUAUAUUUCAUGGUUUAUUUAAGUCCACCCUAGUAUGUCCUGAGUGUGCUAAAAUAUCUGUAACGUUUGAUCCUUUUUGUUACUUAACACUUCCGCUACCCAUGAAAAAAGAGAGAGCGCUAGAAGUAUACCUAGUUAGACUGGAUCCACUUUCCAAGCCUAUGCAGUACAAAGUAAUUGUCCCAAAAAUUGGAAAUAUAAUGGAUCUUUGUACAGCCCUUUCCACAUUGUCUGAAGUAUCUCCAGAAAAGAUGGUAGUCACAGAUAUUUACAACCAUAGAUUUCACAGAAUAUUUUCAACGGAUGAAAACUUAAGUAGCAUUAUGGAACGUGAUGACAUUUAUGUAUUUGAAACAUCUAUCAACAGAACAGAAGAUACAGAGCAAGUCAUAAUCCCUGUAUAUUUACGUGAAAAGUUUCGUCAUACUAGUUACAGUCAUCACCAUAGUUCCACAUUGUUUGGUCAACCUUUUCUUAUCACUGUGCCUAGAAAUAUUACUGAAGAUAAGCUCUACAACCUACUUUUAUUAAGGAUGUGUCGAUAUGUUAGAGCACCAACUGACAUUGAGGAAAAUGAGGGACCCCUUCACUGCAAUAAAGAACAUACAAUUAAUGGCAAUGGUCCAAAUGGUAUCCAUGAAGAAGGAUCUCCGAGUGAAAUGGAAACUGAUGAACCAGAUGAUGAAUCUAGUCAAGAUCAAGAACUUCCUUCAGAGAAUGAAAACAGCCAGUCUGAAGACUCUGUGGGAGGAGAUAAUGACUCUGAAAAUGGAUUGUGCACAGAAGAAACUUGUAAAGGGCAAUCAGUUACAGGACAGAAAAAACGCCUGUUUACAUUCCAAUUUACAAACUUGGGCAAUACUGAUCUCAGCUAUAUCAAAGAUGACACUAGAUAUAUUCGUUUUGAUGACAGACAACUCAGGCUAGAUGAAAGGUCUUACCUUGCCUUAGACUGGGAUCCUAAACUAAAGAAAAGAUUUUUUGAUGAAAAUGCAGCAGAGGAUUUCGAAAAACAUGAAAGUAUGGAUUUUACUCCUCAGAAAAAGGCCUUCAUGAAAUUGAAAGACUGCAUUGAACUUUUUACAACUAAGGAAAAAUUGGGUGCUGAAGAUCCUUGGUAUUGCCCAAAUUGUAAAGAACAUCAGCAAGCAACCAAAAAAUUGGAUCUUUGGUCCUUGCCUCCAGUCCUUGUGGUUCACUUGAAGCGCUUCUCUUAUAGUAGAUAUAUGAGGGAUAAAUUAGAUACACUAGUUGACUUUCCUAUAAUGAAUUUGGACAUGUCGAAAUUCCUGAUUAAUCCCAAUGCAGGUCCUUGUCGCUAUAACUUAAUUGCUGUAUCAAACCACUAUGGAGGGAUGGGAGGAGGACAUUAUACAGCUUUUGCAAAAAAUAAAGAUGACGGAAAAUGGUAUUAUUUUGAUGAUAGCAGUGUCUCAACUGCUUCUGAGGACCAAAUAGUGUCCAAAGCGGCAUAUGUACUAUUCUAUCAAAGACAAGAUACUAUAACUGGAACAGGUUUCGUCCAUCUGGACCGUGAAAGUGAAACCAAAAAAGUUGCUUCCGCGGCCACAGGUGCCCCACUUGAAAGUGAUGAAGAAACUAAUGAGAAUGAAAAUGACAUAGAGAAUGAAAACUGUAUGCAUACAAACUAGUAGGGGCAUGUAAAGCCAUACAUACUAUCAGUAAAUAUUUUUAAUAAAAUGAAUCACCCGCCAAAAAAUUUUUUAAUUAAUAUGAAAAGGGGAAUCUCAACUAACAGAAUGUAAUUUUUUUUUUUUUUUUUUUGUUUGUUUUUUUUUUUUUUUCCUUUUUGACUUUAUGUUGCAAAGUUCUACAAGGGGGCGAUGCAAUAAAAAAACUGUGACUAAAAACAACUAUUUAAUUUAGCCUUGUAUUUGCAAGCUAAAUGUAUAUAAGAAUUUAUUAAAUACUCCAUAUUUUUACUGCUGCUCUUUUCUUAAAUUGGAGUUUGAUUGUUUUUUGACUAGACAAUUGCUGUUAAUUCAUCAUUAUGUCACCCUCAGUUCCUCAGAGGCCUGCAUUUUAUUUCUAAAUAGUGCAUUGCAGGCAAAUGUGAUAGAGGGUUAAGGAAAAUAUUAUAGGAGCAUAUUAUAUUACAGAUAUGCAAAGAAUCUCAUGCAAAACUUUGAUAACUUAGGCAACUUACUGUAGAAUUCUUGCAACACCAUGUGCUUUCUUCUAUUUUUUUUUUUUUUUUUAAUGAAACAGAACCAAAAUUAUCUAUAAAAUGUAUGUUCUCAGAAUAUUCCUGGAUGCAUAUGGGUCUGUUUUUUGUUCUUUUAUGUGCUAAAUAAAUAUCAAGGACCCGUGGUAUUUUUAAGAAUCUCUUAUAUGAGUAUAAGCUAUUUAAAACCUAAAUAAUGAUAAAGGAAAAUAGCAAAGGUGUUAUAGCCUUUUGUGACAAGUUUUAUUAAUAUAUAUAUAUAUAUAUAUAUAUUGUUUGGAAUAUUAUUGGUUAUCUUAAUGCUGUGUAAAAUAAAUUGAAAUUUCAUUAUGCUGUGUCAAACAAAAAAUCAGUUGAAUGUAUUUAUCCUUGGUCACUGGCUGAGUUCCUGUUUUAUUGCUUAACAUUGGAGCAUCCAUACGAUCUUUAGUCAGGAAUUUGAAUUUUUUGUUGUAAGUUUUCCCCUUUGGAAUAUGUCUAGGUGGAUUGCUCGGGACUCUCCAACUACACUGUAUAUGUAAAGUUGAUGUGAUGGCAAUGUCAGUGAAAAUAACUGUUGACUUAUCUUAAUUAAGCUACUCUAAUUUAAUUUGCAGUUUUGAAAUGUUUGAGUUAUCAAAUAUAGGUUUCAUUGUGUGCUUCUUUUUAAGUCACCAUGGCCUUACAACUUAUUUCAAAGGAUACAUUUACAUAAAAUAGAGCAGAUGGCAUUUGCAUGUUCAAUUAUAAGAUUCUGUACUGUGUAUAUUGCAUACAAGCCUUGAAUUUUAUGUUGGCUAACUGCAUUUAAGGGUCCAGGAUGCCAAAAAAAAAAGAAAAAAGAAAAGAAAGAAAACAUUUAACAUUUUGUAGAACAACUUGUUAAUUUGCUGCUUUAUUUGUGAUCUUGUUUAAUGAAUGUAUUGUUGUUUUGUAUACUGCCUAAGAGAGGAAUUCUAUAACUAUUGGGACAUGCUUUAUAUAUCUACUACCUGAAGAGUUUCUUUAUUGUCCCGCUGUUUAAAGAAAGAAGUAUGAUGUUCUUCACUUGAACUAAUGUAAUAAAAUACAAUAGGUUUUAAAUUGUGUAUUGUAAAUAAAAGUUCACUCUGUGAGUGCACAUUUUGGUAAAUUAUUUUAUUUAUAUGUUAGGGUUUAAAAAAAUAAAUAAAUACAUUUGACCCAGGUGAAUUGAGGUACGACUUUACUUUCUAGCCUGGUAAUUUAACUAAUAUAUUAUAUCCUGGUAUUAUAAAGCUGCUUUUGUUUUUUUGUUUUUGUUAUUUUUUUUUCUCUUUUCUUUUUUUCUUUUUUCUUUUUUUUUGCUUUAUUUUACUUUCCUUUUUCUUUUUUUCCCCCCCAUUUUUAAAUAAAAAGUUACCCCUUUGCAUGACUGAGGUAACAAGUUUGUCUGCACUUUGGUUCACUUAGGUUUACAUUAAAACUGUGCAUGGGUAUUUAUUUAUAAAUUUCAAUAAAGUUGUUGAAGGCCUUA